GGAUGAGAUAAUGACGCUAAGCACGAGCCGUCAAGCAUAGAUCCGGAUCUUUUAGGCGUCUAGCACUCUCCGCAUUUUGCGGGACGAAUUUCUUGAUUUCUUAUACAACUUUAUACACUUCUUCCUCAGCAUUGACCUCUCCUUAGACCUUACUACUUCGUACAAACCCAAUUUUAACAUUAUGUACUCUUAUGAAUACCGUUGAGCUGGUCUAAUCUUUUAAAGCAAGAUGCCAAUUCGCGUCAAGUCGCGUCCCUUGGCGACACCAGAACGCGCGUUUUCCCCUAUUGGUAUCCGCCCUGAAGUCGAGCUUCCUGACAUCGCCCACGAAGAUGUCUUCCGUGACGUCGUUCGGGAGCUUUCCCGAUACAUCGCAGAAGUAGUUUAUAUGCCAAGCACUUUUGAGCAACUUCGAACUACAUCAGCUGGUGAUGAUUUGCGUACCCUUGUUGAGCAUCUUACCGUACGAGUUACCAAUCCUGCCAUCGUGAAUGCUUUAUUGGCCCUACGAUGGCAUUAUGGUGCGAUUAAUGAUAGUCGGGGAGUUAGUGAAGCUCGUGCGAAUGCCUGUGAAAUUGUUGCUUGGCGGUUUUUGACUCGCUUGUCUGAACGAGAUGCCGUAGACUUCUGCUUAUACGAAAUUCCCGACAUUUCCUCCGACGAAGAUACUUCCCAUGAAGACAAUCCGGCGGACGGCGGCGAAAGCAACGAGAGGACCACGUUAUUGGGUUCUCCGCGCGGUUUCUCGCCGGACCGUGGCUCAGACCAUAACCAUAACCAUUUCGGAUCCUCGAGACGAAUUCAAUUGUUACAAUCUAUUUCUAAACUAACCAUGAGUCGACAUGCAAGCGAUGUGGAGGAACUGGAGGACGACCCCACCGCUCCCUUUACAAAUCUCAAUGCUUUGGAAAUCGCAGCUAUUGCUGAUGCCAAAAGGUUCCUCAGCCAACAUGUUGUGCAAAAGAUUAUAACGGGUAUUUGGAACGGCGAGAUUAUCUUCUGGGAUCGUCUCUCCGUCCACUCGGAAAAGAAGCCUCGUUUCUAUAACCCUGCGACCGCCGAUCCAUUUUCGCGACUCCGUGUACCAAAAUAUCUUAAAACGUACGAGGUUGCAUUCUUUAUCGGAUUUUUAAUGUUAUACUACAGCGUCUUGAUAGAGCAAAAUCGCUACGCCAUCACCCCUCUCGAGAUAUUAUUGUAUAUCUGGUUCGCUGCUUUCUUCUACGAUGAAGUCAGCGAAUACAUUGAUGCUGGGUCUAUUUUCUAUGCUGCGGAUAUAUGGAACCUAUUCGAUAUGAUCAUGAUUGCUAUCGGGAUAGUCUUUGCAGUUUUGAGAUUCGUCGGUUUAUAUAAGGGCGAUUAUACUCUAGUGGAUAUCGGGUUCGACGUUUUAUCAUUAGAAGCUCUUUUUAUGGUACCCAGAGUCUGUUCGGUUCUCAGCUUAUCUCCAUACUGGGGUACUUUAAUCCCCUGUCUUAAGGAAAUGGGAAAGGACUUCUUGAAGUUCAUGGUCCUGGUAGUCAUUGUAUAUGUCGGAUUCUUGACGACGUUCUCUCUCGUCGGGAGAGAGACGUACACGUUCCCGCAUAUGGCCAUGAUAGUGACUAAAAUCUUUUUCGGAUCUAGUUUCGUUGGAUUCGAUAUCAUGGAGGACAUCGAUCCGAUUUUUGGACCUCCGCUCAUGUUGAUUUUCGUCACAUUAAGUUCAAUAUUGCUUAUGGGUUCCUUGACUGGUAUGCUAAGCAAUAGUUUUUCCCGGGUUAUCACACAUGCCCGCGAAGAAUAUCUUUAUGUUUAUAGCGUAUACGUGCUUGAAGCAUCGACUAGCAACAGGCUCACGCAUUUCUAUCCGCCCUUCAAUCUCAUUGCGCUAGGCAUUUUCAGACCAUUGCGGCUGUUUUUACCCUCAGACGAUAAAUUCCGUCAAGGGCGCAUCCUGCUUCUCAGAGCAACUCAUGCGCCAAUCGUCGGGGUAAUUCAAGUCUAUGAGUGGUUUACCAAGAAAGUUAACCCUGAUGGUUUUGAUAAUUUCCGUGGCCCGCGACAGAACUCUUUUAAACGGCAUUCAGCACCACCUCCUGAGCAUCCAGAAAGUAGACCCCGGUCGGGAUAUCGACCUCGGUUGCCAACACCACGGCCCGCUAGCACAGAUAUGGUCCACAAACAAAAGCCUCGAGAGCAGCUAGCUGAAGAUGAUGCUGGGGAUGCUCCUACUGAUGUGGAGGUACGCAUCUCAGAGUUAGCGGCCAAGAUCGACCGGCUUACCGCCUUGGUUGUAUCUCUACAAUCUGGCGCUGGUGCUGAUACUAUCCGUACAUAAGAUGAAUUCAUGGUUUAUAUACUUCGCACGCCAAGAAUGCUUCACGCGAAGAUUCUCAGUUCCUCACACCGAGAAUAACGAACAUACGCUUCUGACUUGUCGACAUUUCACACCAUUUAUCACUUUUUAAUGAUUUUCGAUUUUGCAUCUCACGGAGUUCUUGUAUUUCAAACGCAUAAUACGCACGAUGGAGUUCAUGGUCUUUACGCUGAGUUAUUCGAAUGAAGAUUCUCUCGAUACAGAUCCAUGCAUCCAAGCUGAGCUAUAGUGACAUUAGUGGGUCCUUACGCCCUUAAACGGAGCCUAU